GGGGCGCCGCCGCUGCCAGCCCCCGGCGUUUCGGGGAGCAGGGCGAGGUGCGGCCUCGCUCAGUGGAGCUGGGGCUGGAGGAUCGGCGCGGCAAGGCCAAGGCGGAGGAGCUGGAGGAGGACGAGGAGGAGGAGGACGACGGGGACUCGGACGCGGCGGCGUUCUCCGUGGGCAGCUGCUGCGGCGGGCUGCUGCAGAUCUUCAGGUCGAAGAAGUUCCAGUCGGAGAAGCUGGAGCGCCUCUACCAGCGCUACUUCUUCCGGCUCAACCAGAGCAGCCUCACCAUGCUCAUGGCGGUGCUGGUGUUGGUGUGCGUGGUCAUGCUGAUCUUCCACGCGGUCUACGGACACUACAAGGUACCCUAUGUGGCGGUGCUGUCCACCGCCAUCCUGCUCAUGGUGGUGCUGGGUGCCGUGUGCAACCGCAAUGACUUCCACCAGGACCACAUGUGGCUCGUGUGCUACUCGGUCAUCCUGGUGAUCUUGGCCGUGCAGGUCGUGGGCGUGCUGCUGGUGUGGCCCAGGAGUGCCUCCGAGGGCAUCUGGUGGACGGUCUUCUUCAUCUACAGCAUCUACACGCUGCUGCCCGUCAGGAUGCGGGCGGCGGUCAUCAGCGGCGUGGUCCUCUCUGCCAUCCACCUGGCGAUCUCCCUCAAGAUCAAUGCCGAAGACAAGUUCCUGUUAAAGCAGCUUGUCUCCAAUGUUCUCAUCUUCUCCUGCACAAACAUCGUAGGUGUGUGCACCCAUUACCCAGCAGAGGUGUCCCAAAGGCAAGCCUUCCAGGAGACCAGAGAGUGCAUACAGGCCAGGUUGCAUUCUCAGAGGGAGAACCAGCAGCAGAUGAGUAAGUUAAGACAGAAGUUCAUUUUAUGCCAGUCAUUUAAAAAGUCUCUUGCCAGUUCUACCACAGAGCUUUGGUCUCCUGAUCAUGUUGCUAUGCUGUGA